GGCCGCGCGGGCUCUAGGCGGCCGGCGGGCGGGCGGGCUGCAGGCGCCCGGGCCGCGGGGUGGGCGCAGCGGCGGGAGGCGGGGGCCGCGCAGACAAAGAGCGGCGGCGGCGGCGCGGGCGCGGUGCGGUGUGGCCGCCUUCCCGGGACGCGCUGCCUUCCUCGGCCUCGCUCGGCGGGGCCCGGGCAGAUCUCUGGCGUCCCUUUCCUCUGAGUGGCUUCACAAGAUCACAGCUCUCCGCUGAGGUUCAGGUUGGACUUGAGGAUCUGGCGAUUUCUUGCUGCUUUGUGAUCAGAAGGCUAUCAGCAGGAACAUUCAUCUUGGGAGGAGCUCUGCAUGUUUGCCAGUCAUCUCUCAUAGUUGGGUGUCAAAGGAGGACUCCAUGAAAGAUGACAGAGGAAGUCAUUGUGAUCGCCAAGUGGGACUACACUGCCCAGCAGGACCAGGAGCUGGACAUCAAGAAGAACGAGCGUCUCUGGCUGCUGGACGACUCCAAGACCUGGUGGCGGGUGAGGAAUGCGGCCAACAGGACCGGCUACGUGCCCUCCAACUACGUGGAGAGAAAGAACAGCCUCAAGAAGGGCUCCCUGGUGCGAAACCUCAAGGACACGCUAGGUCUCGGCAAGGCCAAGCGGAAGGCCAGCGCCCGGGACGCCUCCCCUACGCCCAGCACAGACGCCGAGUACCCCGCCAACGGGGGCGCCGACCGCAUCUACGACCUGAGCAUCCCCGCGCUGGUCAAGUUCGCCUACGCUGCGGAGCGCGAGGACGAGCUGUCGCUGGUCAAGGGCGCGCGCGUCACAGUCAUGGAGAAGUGCAGCGACGGCUGGUGGCGCGGCAGCUGUGGCGGCCAGGUGGGCUGGUUCCCGUCCAACUAUGUGCUGGAGGAGGCGGACGAGGCGGCUGCCGAGCCCCCCGGCCUCCCGGGCCUCCGCAGGGGCGCCCCCCUGAGCAAUGGGCGCGCACUGCACCUGGUGCAGACCCUGUACCCCUUCAGUUCGGUCACCGACGAGGAGCUCAACUUCGACAAGGGCGAGACCAUGGAGGUGAUCGAGAAGCCCGAGAACGACCCCGAGUGGUGGAAAUGCAAGAAUGCCCGGGGUCAGGUGGGCCUGGUGCCCAAGAACUACGUGGUGGUGCUGAGCGACGGGCCGGGGCUACAGCCCGCGCCCUCCCCGCAGCUCGGCCCCACAGGCCCGGCGCGCAGCGGCCGCUUCGCGGGCAGAGAGUGGUACUACGGCGGCGUGACGCGCCACCAGGCCGAGUGCGCGCUCAACCAGCGCGGCGUGGAGGGCGACUUCCUCGUCAGGGACAGCGAGUCCUCGCCCAGUGACUUCUCCGUGUCUCUCAAAGCAUCAGGGAAGAACAAGCACUUCAAGGUGCAGCUCGUGGACAAUGUCUACUGCAUUGGGCAGCGGCGGUUUCACACCAUGGACGAACUGGUGGAACACUACAAAAAGGCCCCCAUCUUCACCAGUGAGCACGGGGAGAAGCUCUACCUCGUCAGAGCACUGCAGUGACAGACAGUCCCUCUGGGGCCUUCAGUGCCACACUCAACAUCCCCAUAGCCCAGCGGACCUGCCGCCACACAAGUCAGCCAGCACUAGCCUCGCCUGCUGUGGGGGCUGCCUCUGCUCUGCAGUCCAUCUUUUCUUGGCUUCCUUUGUCUGGCCUGUCACUGCAGCUGGUUUGGUUUGUUUUUCACUCGCCUUCCCUUUGGCAUCCCCGGCAUCCCCAACACCCACGUCCAAGCACACUCACACCUCUCCUCCUUCCUAACUUUAGAGACUGGGAGGUGGAAGGGGGCUAGUUUGUGCACGUGGUGGUUCUCUGUUGGAAACAGCCUUGGUCUGCUCAGAUCACACGUUGAACGAGACCUGGGUAUGGGGUGGAGCUGCCUCUCAUUAAGCCGACUAGAGUGUGCUUUACAAGUGUCUUGGCACCAUCUGCAAAGGCAUCCAGUUCUAGCAGUCCUUGUCCCUAGCACGGCCCCCAGACCUGCUUGGGAAGCAGCCACGUGUGUUGUGUUGGUAACAAUACUGGAACAACACCAGUUGAGGCAGCAGUGAGGACUUGUCCAGUGCCUUUGGGGCUGUGCUUGCAAUAAAGAAAGGAUGUCCUUGAAAGUCAGUCCAUGAAAGAGGUGACUUGGAAAGACAGUUUUUUUUUGGGGGUAGGGGGGUAAUUUACCCGCCUGCCCCCCUUCCCAGAUGUGCCAUCCACCUAGUACUUUUCCUCUUGCCCUUUGGCUUGUUUCAAUUUCACAAUGGUGUAUUUAAUUCUUCAAGUUAUGUAUCUGUAGCCAUUUGUUGACACUAAAAACCAACAACAACAACAAAAAAAAAAAACACGAUUAAAGAAGACAGUUGAUCUUUUUGGGGGAAGGGGAGCUGUCAAUACUAAAUAUAGUAUUGCUUUACAGGGAAAUGUUUCAGGGUUUGCAAAAAGAAUAUAUGAUCGGUAGUAAGACACACAGAAUGUCAAUGAAGAAUUGCAUUUCCUUUCUUUUUUCUUUUUUUCUUCUUCCCAGUUGAACCUCUUCAUAGUUUUCACUCUACAGACUCGAGAUGGCACAUUCCUAUAAUUGAAGAUGGAGUCUUGAAACCUCCUAAACUUGCAUACUCAACUUUUUGGAUAUUGUAAUAAAAAAAUAUUAUGGCAAGACUA